AUGGAGAAGCUGGGCUUUAAACGCCUGCGCUCCGAUGAAGGAAUCUACAUCUAUACCGACACAAAGACAGGCUCGACUUGUAUCGCCAUAGUCUACAUCAAUGAUGCCUUAUUCUGCAGCAUUGACCGCAAACUCGCAGAACGGCUCACAAAUGCAUUUGCCAAAAAAUGGGGAUGUAGAGAUCUUGGCGAUGCGAAGGAAUUCCUAUGCAUGCACAUCACUCGGCAGGCAUAUGUGGUCAUGAUAGACCAAGUUGCUUACCUCGAGAAGGUGCUUGACUGCAUUGGGCUCACUAAUGCUCGACACGUCGCCACUCCUCUUCCCUCUGGAUAUUACCCAUUGCCAAACGAGGAUCCAGUAGAUGAAGUUCUACGGCACCAGUUCCAGACCGUCAUUGGGUCGCUGAUGUACCUCAUGCUGGGUACACACCCUGACAUUGCAUUCGCCGUCAUGAAGCUGUCUCAACAAGCUGUGAACCCAUGUGAUGAGCACCUUGAUAAAGCUCUCCAUGUUUGCCACUACUUAGUUGGCACUAAGGAUUACUGUCUUGUAUUCGACGGCAUCUCGGGCAAAGGCAUCUUUGCAAUGACCGACUCAGAUUGGGCUUCUGACCCAAGCCACAGGCAAUCGCAGACUGGAUACUUCCUGUUGCUCGCUCGUGCUUCGUUCUCCUGA